GAAAUUGAAAAGAUUCUUCAACCGUGAGCACAGACACAACGUGCUGCUCACAGCAACUGGUCGCAUGUUAUCGCCGCUGUUUAAACUUCGCGAAGAAUGGUUGUGUUUGUGUUAGUGUUGGCGCGUGCAUUCACGUCGACAAUAGAAAAUUUUUAAAUAGAUAAUCCUUGGUAAUUGUUUUUGAAACGAAGUCCUUGUGCUUUGAAUGGUCGUGCACUGAGUUCUUCUCUGAAUAGCAUGAAAAGAAAAAAAUAGCAGAAGAAAACUCAAUCAAUUACACAAAAAGUGCUUUGGAAAAACGAUUACAAAAGGUGCUGCGCAUUUCACGUAUUUCACUACCGAUUUCAAUUGGAGAGGGUGGCGGUGAGAACCAUUACAUUCGUUUUAGAUGUACGUCUGAAUCGAAUUGCUUUUCUGUGUAUUUGUACGGUUUAAUCAAUUUAAAGAAAUGUUGAAUGCACUAAAACAAAAUAUGAAAAAAAAAAAAAAAAAUUCAAACACGCAAGAUUAAUUCUACCCUGUAUAAUUGAUAUUGACUUUGAAAUUAAAUGCUACCGAGGAGCAAAUCAUCAAUGGCAUCAAUGUGUGCGCACAUAUAAAUAUAUUCGCAUAUAUAUGCACACAAAUAUAUAUACCCACAUAUACACACACGUAUAUAUAUAUGCGCAUAAAUAAGUAUAUUUAUACUACAAAUGAACACAUUUGAUAAUGGAGACAAAUAACAAACGGAUCGAAAAUAAUGGGAUAGAUGAUCAUUAUGACCUCAUGAAAUUUCCUAGAAACGUGAGAGAAACUGAAGCCAAGCCGAAGAGAGAAUUGAGACAAAACACCGAACAUUAAUUUAACCAGGCAUUUAGCUGUCUAAUGUAGAAGUGAUUUCAUGACUUAAAUAGAAUGAAAGACCACAGCAAAUAAGUAAGAGCAAAAAGCUUGUAGGUUACUUAGAUGGUUUCCAGAAAAUAUUUUUGGAAACUGAUGACAACAAGAAAAAAUCAAACAGAGAAAUUUCUUGUGACCUCCGCCAGAAAUAUAAAAAAAGGUAACACAAUUUAACAGCAUUUCACAAACUUUUGCUAAUAUGAGAUUCACAUACCAAUAAAACCUAAAUCGAAAUGAAAUCGAAAGGUUGGUAACUUCACUUUGCUUCAACAACUUCGAUAAUGUACUAAACGGUGGUAACAUUUAACGCAUCUAAAAUUGCAAAGAAAAAAUUUUAAUGUUAUACACUAUUAAUGUCUUUAUGGCAUAUUGCAAGUUUGAAAAGCGAGAGAGAUAAACCACGAGCAUGUGUAGUUCCAGUCUCGUAAAGAAUGAAAUAAUGCGGAACAAUAUUCUAUAGAAGUAAACUCGGAAGAAUUGCUUAGUGCGACAGAUGUUCAUUUACGGGGUUUUCGUUGAACUUAUCAACCAAAAAUCUACUUUUGUCUCCUUGUGAUGUAGAGCACAACAGCGCAAACACAAUAUAAAAUGUCGCUAAAUUCCGAAACAAAAUUACAUCUGAAUUCCCUUUAUGUACGACCAGCGCAUAUUUCUUGGCAUACUUUACUUUUGGGCUGCUACUGGGUAUUGUUCACCUGCUACAUGUCACAGGCCACUUUGCAGCUGGAAGUAUUUAGAAUUUCGGACAGUUCCUAUCCAUCCUUAAAUCAUUUUAAUGAUACUCAGUGCUCAUCGCGUAAGUUUGACAGCCUAGCUAAGGUCAUUGACGACGUCGAGAGUUUAGAGUUGGACGUGCCUGUGAACAUAGCGUUCGACAAUCGCCAAAGAAAACGAUUUGUAUUACAGUUAAACACAUCUACGCCUUUAAAUAUAAAUUUUUCCCAAAUAGUGGCUCGUAAACUUUAUUUUAAUAAAUCAGCCAACUUAAUACGUUCUUCCAAGGCCAAUCAGCGUACGUUGAUUUUGCAUUGCGCCUUGAAAGGGCAAUACGAUUUAUUUGUUCAGGCUCGUCACAGGGGCUCAAUCAAGAUUGAAGCACAUGCUUGGCGUUCCGGGGACCAAUGGAUAUUGCUUAACCGUACGCAAUGUGUUAACAUACGUACUCAGAAUCGAGUCCGAAAGCGGCAAAUGAUUGUUAAAUGGAAUAAAAGUAAAUUCGAUUUCCAUGCAGUCCAGUAUUGCUUGGUGGUUAGUACACGACAUGCCCACAAAGAUCUUUGCGCAGCUAUUGAUGAAUAUGUUUCCGGCGGAUAUGAUAAAAAUCCACGUUCAUGUGCGUUUUUUAAUAUCUUAGAUUUGGUGUUUGGUAAGCAGGCGGAAAAGUCCAGAAAAAUAGAUCCUCAUAUAACCAACGUAAUUUGCACGGGUAGCCGCACGCAACAAGUGAUACGCGGCUUAGCAAUCAACUACAUCUAUUAUUUGGAUGUUUUUGGUGUGCAUACGAAAAGAGAAAAUCUCACUUUUCACCUAUCAUCUUCGUCAGUGUAUUUUAAUCGGACCCAACCCACUGCACUUAAAACACACGCCUUAAAUAUUGUAAAAAUAUCUGGGCUACAUGGAAUUCAGGUAUUUAGUUAUAAGAUACCAUCUGCAAAGGACGCUGCUAAAGUCACAUUGCGUUAUUUAAUUCUACCAUGUGGUGGAACUGAGGUAGACGCUAAAAUCGUAAAGCAGCGCUCAAUAAUUGGCAACGAGAAAAAUAUUUACAAGGCUACGUAUAUUGAUGUACCUUCGGUUUCGGACGGCGAACGCUAUAUGAUACGCUUCAAGCCAAGCAACGAUGACGAAGUGCUUAGAGCUAAUAAAAUCGCCUUGGCUGUUACCACUGACAUAGUGUUCAAUCAGUUUCCGGAGUUACCGGAAAAUACAACAAUAUUCGAGGUGCGAACGCAAUGCCGGUCCACCGAAAUCGCAUGGUACAGUUCCCCAGAAUUACGUGGGAUACAAUAUUGCAUAAUUGUGUUCAAUUUGCCGCAACGUAAUCGCAGUUCUUUCGAUUACACGAAUUAUUGCAUGGACUUUGGGAAACGGGUAACCGAACAUCCGCAAUUUCAUUCAAAAAAAUGUCCCAAAAAGGAAAAAAUUUCAUCUUUAAUGGAAACGGAUGCUAUAUUUAAUUUAUUACCGGGGGAAACGUAUUUAAUUUAUGUCACGGUCAAUCUUAUCGACGGCAAGCCACUGCCUUACCAGUCGCUAAAAGUGAAGAUGUAUCAACAUUGCCCAAAUGAAUAGAAAAAGUUGUUCUUAACUUUUUUAAAGUAAUCAAACUAGUUUCAUAACAUGUAUUGCUUGCCAAAAAUUGUAAAAUGCCACUCAAUUAGAAAAUCUAAUUCAGUAAGAGCUUUUUAUUUGACCGGCACUCACUUAGAUUUAAAAAAAAAAAAGAUAUAAAGCUUGUGUAAAUGUUUUCGAAGACAAAAGGAUUAUAAGUUUUUAAGGUUCUAGUUAAUUUUUCCAACCUUUAAGAAUCGAUGAACUUGGAUAUCUUUGUACUAAGUUCCUAAAGAAGGCGUUUAUAUUCUCUGAGUUAGUCACUUAUAGUUUAAUUAUAAACGUCUGCAUACGUGAUUGUGUAAACGGUACGGGUAAAGAGCUUAUACUUAUGUUACGCCUUUAAAAUUACGAUCGCCUGCAAUGCACUUUCACUGUUUGUAUAUUAAAUUUUUCAUCCUUUUUAGUCUAUUGUACAUAAUCUUGUCCUUAAAAACCUUUUACCGUCACGGAACAACACUUUCUCCUUCUUUUGUUAUAUAAUUUAAACGAGCAUCAAUUAAGUUUUCGUUAGUAGAGAGAAUAUAUUUGCGGUUUUCGAUAUGUUUCCAGAAUGAUCAAUCCCUGUCUAAAAUAGUUAGCAUAUGCUAUCAAAAAGAAAAAAACACAUAAGAGUUAACUCUACUUUUCUUCCUCUUACUGCCGUUUGUGGCGUCGAGGGGAAUACAUUGUUAUAA